AUGUUGAGCACCUCACAGCCUAUCUCAGCAUUCAAUACCUCCUCAACCCCCAUGACUACCUCUACUACCCGUCAAAUGCCCUCCCGACGCCCGCUCAGCAAGGAUGGCGAAAACCAGGCCAUCUGGGUGCCCAUGCUCAAUAGUGCUUCCAAGGGCAAAGACCUGUCGGAAAAGCAACUCAUCGUACUUGGGGGGACACCCGACCAACAACGAGAAUUCCUUGACCAGUUGAACCCACCCAAUUUACGCCCACGAUACCUGAAUAAUGAUCGACGGAAACAGCCGCGGACUGCCCCCAUAUCGAACCGCUAUGCCCUAGGAUAUACCUACCACGAUGUGCUAGAUGCCGACCAGGAGGAUGUUCUCGCCAGACUGAAUAUUUACAUGCUUGCCAACCCAAGCGCUAACUUUGCACCGUUGCUCAAACCUCUCUUCACUACAAAAACGGUCAAGGACACACUGAUAACGAUUCUGCUUGACUGGUCGGAUCCCUUCAAAUGGGCCAGACAACUCCGACAAUGGGUUCGGUUGCUCAGGUCCGUCAUUUUAUCGUUGGACGAACAGACCAAGAUCGAGAUGGAAGAGACCAUGACUGCCUGGAAAGAGAAGAGAGUAGGUCCGGAUGCCCCGUCUGCUCAACCUGGUGGGAAUGUCAGUGCAGAACAGAAAUUACUUGCCGCCACCGUCCCACCAGGACCCGGGGAAUGGGACGAAGGUCUAGGCGUACCCGUGUCCGUUGUAUGUGUACAGGCAGAAAAAAUUGAACAAAUGGAACGUGACUACGGAUGGGGAGAAGAUCAGUUCGAUUUUCUUAUGCAAUGGCUGAGAUGUGUCCUUCUCAAGCAUGGCGCAUCCCUUGUUUACACAGCGACUUUCGACCCCAACAAUGUUAGGACAUUAAUACACUCCAGUCUCAGUAUUCAUUCGUUACUUAAACGAGAAGUCGCCAAACACAACAUCAUCGACAGAGACAAGAUCCUCGUUCCACCUAACUGGGAUUCGUGGGGGAAAAUCCGAAUUCUAAAGGAAGGGUUCGACCCUGAGGCAGUAGGAGAUGCCUGGUCGAUCGAGAUUCAGGAAUCCCCGGUACACACUCUCGACCUUUCAACAAACACGGCGACAUCGCCCGACCAAAAUGGCUCUAAGGAUUCUGAAGCUGAGUCCGCUGUAUCAAUCUUCGAAGUCACUCUCCGAAACCCCUCGGAUUCUCGACCAACUUUUCAACCACGCACCGGCGAUGAAAUCGUCGCCGUUCCAUCUGUGCAGGAAUUCCUCCAAGAACAGUUCUCUCACCUUGAGCGAUUGAAAGCUGAAGAUGAAAAGGCUGAGCGCAAAUCACGCAAGGGAGCUCCAGCACCGACAGGAACCAGUGGCUCGGCUGUGGAUGGAAGUGACGAUGGUGGUGUCAAAGGAGUAUCAAAUCCUAGAAUGGCCGAGCAUAUCGGUCCAUAUCAAAUCAACGUCAACGGAAUCGAUUUCGACGCUGAAGAAGCUACGAGGAGGCUACGAGAACGCGAAAGCGAGCGUAAUGCGGCCACCGCCGCAGCAGCAACCAACAGAUCCACUACAUCUACAUCAACCCAAGCCGGUCCUGGUACUAGCACUCCAAUGCGCAGAACAGGGAGCGAAGCUGGCGGGAUCGGUGCAGGAGAUGGAACAACGACACCGUCUACAUCGACUGCUGCCACUGCAACCAAUGCUGCGGGCGCAGCGGCGGGGGUGGGUAAACAGAGCAAUGAGGCCAUGUCGGCUUUCUUCGCCAAUCUCAUCAAAAAGGAUAAGAGGGGCGCUGUCAGUGCUGGAGCUAGUCCUACUCGCCCCCCUGGUAGUUCGAGCCCCCUUGUCAGAGGCGCUUCUGAGGAAAAGAGGCGGGAGUCCUGA